UCCUUUCCGAAACAACAGAGGCACCGCAUUUUUCAGACAGUGUAAGGAGUACUGAAUCGUCGAGCUCUUGUACUGUUCUCUCAAGCGCAAUGGGUUUCGUACAAGAGGCGCGCGAUAAUCAUGUCAAGAAAAAAGUAGAAGAAGCUUUACGCAGCAAAAUGAAGCAGAAGGCGCUGAAGGAAUGUGAUCAUUACACUGCAAAAUAUGCUCAAUGUGCUUCUGGGAGAACAAUUUCAGUUGUUUGGCAAUGCCGUAAACAAGCUAAAGAAUUGAACGAUUGUCUCCAUCAAUUAUUGAUGAAAUCGGAGUUUGAUAUAUCAAUGAAAUCGGCACUAAUGAUGCUGUUUUAGAGGAAAUGAAGAAAGAAUACAUUCUGCAGAACAGUGGUGAAGGCUCUGCAAGAAUAUAGAUUUGAUUUCAUUGAAGAUUGGCCUAAUCAAUGAGCAACUGUUUUUACAAUUGUUCAGCAAAGCAUCUGCCAAAAACGUGUCAUCGGUAUGUUUGGAUGCCUCCUUUGCAUUCUAGUUCGUCAGAAAUCUAGAGUGAGCUCUUCAUCAUCUGACUCAGUGGACAAAUUAGUAUGACAGCAAAUUUCCGGGUUUUUUUUUUCUUUGUUGCAUAAGACUAAAUGAAGAAAACUUGUACGAAUUUUGCAGGUUUCUGAUAUGGAAUGUUAUUUACUAUUUA